GACAAAGAUCCCUUUGAGGAGGUCGCUGUGGACUUCACAGAGGGGGAGUGGUCACUGCUGGAUUCUGCCCAGAAGGCCUUGUGCAUGGAAGUCAUGCUGGAGGUUUCUAGGGAUGUGGCCGUUCUGGGUGAUGGUGAUGGGCUGGAGAAUGAGAAUGACAAGCAGCUGAGGUCAUUGACAUUACAAAGUGCAAUGUCUGCAAAGAACCAUUCCAUAUCUUUUACUUCAUCUAAAAUACUACAUAGGAAAUUCACUGAGAGCACUGAUAUUACUUCCCUUCAAAGGAUUCACAAAGGGGACAAACCAUAUAAAUGCCUGGAGUGUGGAGAAAGCUUUCAUGGAAACAUAGAUCUUAUUUGUCAUGAAAGGAUCCACACUGGGGAGAGACCAUAUAAAU